AUGAAUCUCAAUGUGUGGAACAUCAAAGACUUGUUUAGCAUUCCACCAGGAACUGGGACAAGCAAGUCUUCAGGCAAAAAUAGUACUGGUGACCAAUCAAGCCUGACAGAUUCACAGUUUUUGUUCAGUUCUCAGUUUUGCCCAGAUAAUUCACAGCCUUCAUUAGCAGAGUACAAGCAGCCAAGAAAUUCUCAACAAAACUCUGAGGAUAAUGAACCCAGCGUGUUCCUGAAAUAUUUGGCAAAGCCCAGUUUGUACAAUGAUUUAAAAGAAAAUAGUUCAUUUCAAUUAUUUGGUACAGAGAAAAACAAAACCAUUUUGGAGCAAUUUGAGGAAAGCAAGAAGAAAACAAAAGAAAAAUCAGAAAAUGACCAAUUAAACAAUAUGAUUUCUAACACUCUACUAACUAUUCAAGAAUUAAAAGUGGCCUUUUGUCAAACUGAGGAGAAUACAAAUUUAAAAUGCAAGUCCAUAUUGGAAUCUGUAGAAACUCUUUCUAAAACAUUGCAAGAAAGUGCUGCAUCUCACUGUAAUUCAAUAAUAAAAGCAUUUUCAGCUAAAUGUAAUGUGGAAAAAGCAAUGUUGGAACUUGAGCAAAAACUGCAUAAAAAUGAUGAAGAACUAGCAAGUCUGAAGUGCAAUGUACAGUUAAUUUUGUCAAACAUGGAUAUAUUAAAGUCUCAACAAUAUGAGCAGCAAGUGAUGUUGUCGGAAAAAAUAGGUUGCCUAUCAGAUUCCAUUAAAUCAACUGAGAAUAAAAUACUAAGUGAACUUGAGAAGACUAACUUUGCUCCUCAGCUUGCCUGUUGCUUAAAAGAAAACACUACACAAACCACUCCACCAGUAUUUUCAAAUAUAUCAUUUAAAAAACAAAUAAAUCAGUUCAGAGCAAAGGAAACUUGUCAAGAGGUUUCACCAGUUUCCAAGAUCAGUGGUCAAUGUCCAUGCAAUGUCAAUAGUAACAUGAUUUCUGCAGAUCUUGUAGGAAAUGUGAAUGCCACAGUAUCUGCAGCAGCCCAGAAAUUCCUUAAUGUUAAAUCUAUGAAUUGUGUUGAGAAAUUUGCAUCUGGCUGUGAAUAUUCUCCUGUUUCACAAGGAGGCUCUGAAAAACCAAACCCUGCUGCUUCAGAUCCAUUUCAAGUACUGGCAGUUGAAAAGGAAAACAUUUUGUGCAAAACGAUUCCAAAACAUAUACACACUUCACAACUUGAGAAAGAACAAGAAAAUUACCUGGAUAUCUCAAGUAUUCAAAAUAGGUUGAAUAUCGGUUAUUCUUGUAGUGAAGAAAACAGUCUACUUAACAACAAAGCUAGAGAAUCUGUAAGAUGCCAAAAGAGGAGAACAACCAACAAGCAUAAAGUUUUGUCACAGAAAAAGCAAUCAGAAUGUUCUAAGAAAAAUAAUAAAGGUACUGUAGCAAGAACAUCAUAUGUUAGAGCUGCAAAGAAAUCUGGCAGCUCAGAAUGGGUGAACCCUGUCAUCAAUUCACAACAAGAGAAUUUCACUUUUCAUUCAGAGAGCCUUGUUCCUUCAUUACCUGUCAUUCAUGCUCCAGUGCGAAAAGCACAGAAAAAGACAAGGGAUAAAUUUUCACUUCUCUACUCCCAUCAAACUGCACGACAACACUCUUCAAGCAAUCUAUACAGUUCAGGUGAUAGGGUUAGCAGUUAUAAAACAGAACAUGUACAUUGGAAUUUUUCCACCCAGGAAAGCAAUAUCGCACACUACUCAAUAAAGAAUGAAAAUCCUAUGGCCUGGCUUUGUCCCUCGAGUCCCUUGCAGGACAACAUCACUUAUAACUCUCAUUUACAAGAAGAAGAGGAUAAUGUAAUUACUUUGUUUUUUGAUAGCAGUGAUGAAUAUUAA